AUGGCGUAUCCUCAGGGCUACUUGUACCAGCCGUCCGCUUCCCUGGCCCUGUACUCGUGCCCUGCGUACAGCACCGGCGUUCUAUCCGGACCCCGAACCGAGGAACUUGGGAGAUCCUCCUCGGGAUCUGCUUUUGCGCCCUAUGCCGGAUCUACUCCGUUCUCCAGCGCCUCGCCAGGCUACAGCUCCCACCUCCCGUACAGUGCAGACGCGGCGGCAGCGGCCACAUUCACCUCGUACGUGGGUUCUCCCUACGACCACACCACGGGUAUGGCCGGCUCAUUAGGAUACCACCCUUACGGAUCGCCCUUGGGCAGCUACCCUUACGGUGACCCAGCGUACCGUAAAAACGCGACACGGGACGCCACGGCCACCCUGAAGGCCUGGCUCAGCGAGCACCGCAAGAACCCCUACCCCACCAAGGGCGAGAAGAUCAUGCUGGCCAUCAUCACCAAGAUGACCCUCACCCAGGUGUCCACCUGGUUCGCCAACGCCAGGAGGAGGCUAAAGAAGGAGAACAAGAUGACGUGGACCCCGCGGAACCGCAGCGAGGACGAGGAGGAGGACGAGAACAUCGAUCUGGAGAAGAACGACGACGACGAGCCCAGCAAGCCCACGGACAAGGGAGACUCCACAGACACGGAAGCAGGGGACAUCGGCUGUGACAGGUUUAAAGAGGAGAGCCAUGGCAAAGACACGGAGCCCCUUCUGAGCGACUCGGAGUUAAGAGAGCAGGAGGAGCGGACUACAGACUCGCUGCCGGAUUCCGCAAAACCGACCACGUCGUCGCCCUCCGCGGUGCCCCGGGGGAACCCGAGCGUUGCGCAACAAGACAAGCCCACAGACCUGAGCCACGCACCGGGCUCGGUGACCAGCAACGUGACCUCCGUGAUCCACUCGCCCCCCUCGGCCCCUAAACCCAAACUGUGGUCCCUGGCGGAGAUCGCCACGUCCUCGGACAGAUGUAAAAGCAGCAGCGACGCGCCACAGACCUGUCCCGGUCUGGCUCAGAGCUCGGUGAUGGGCACCGGCGCGUCCCCCUCCCGGUCCUCCCCCCAGUGCCCGCACCCCAACAGCACGGUCCUCUCCAGGCCGUUGUACUACACCUCCCCUUUCUACCCCGGCUACACGAACUAUGGUGGCAGCUUUGGACACCUUCACAGUAACCACGGCUCGGUGACCACGGGCUCCACGGCACAUUUCAAUGGAUUAAACCAGACUGUGUUAAAUAGAGCAGAGGCUUUGGUGAGGGAGAGCCAGAAAGUCAGAGGCCAAACGCAGGUAGAUCUUUGUAAAGACUCCCCUUAUGAACUAAAGAAAGGUAUGUCAAACAUUUAAUACCUGACUCUUUUCCACUCACUCGGACUUUUAUUUAUUUUGUGUGGUUGCAUUAAAAAAGAAACAAAAAGAAAAAAAGAAUGACUAAGCAAAAUUCUAAGAACAGUUAUUUUCUGAGUAAAUGCUUAUCCUCAAAAAAUGUUUAGUUUCUGAAUGGUUAAUCCUGCAAUGUAACAAGAAUGGUCUUAAUCGCUGCAGCCGCCUGAGUCUAUUUGUAUUAAAGACUAACAUGUAUAUUUAAUGUAGCAUUUUUGUAUUUAAA